AUGGUCAAGCAACUCCAAGACCUUUGGUUGAACAACGACGACGACACACUGGAGAAAAUCUUGACGAAUUCUGAGCCAGAGGCUCUCAGUGAGCUAAGUGCUGCUCAAAAGAGCAAGAGCAAGAUUCUACUGGUCGUCGCGAAGGACGGACGGGAGUACUCCAUCCUCACUGCUUCGGAGGCCUACAGCGACUGGGCUGGGCAGUACCCCAUGGAGUUCUCGCCUGUCUCCAUAUGCACACCCAAGCUCAGCGAUCCCGCCCUCGCUGAUGAAAAGAUCACAAAGUAUCAGAGAGACGCACUCAAGGAAAUACUAGAUGCGGUCUAUGCCUCCGAAGACGCUGUCGAGUUCCGGAAGCCAGUCAUGGUCUGCCACCCCGACAUCUGGGACAACUACAAGGCCCUGAUCGCGGAACCCAUCGACAUCGAAACUAUGCAACAUUGGCUUUAUCACAACAGGUAUGCGACAAUGGGGGGCUUUUGGAGACAUGUCGACCUUCUCGAGGAGAAUGCCCGUACGUAUAACGGGGACCGCAAUCGGUCGAUCGUCACGGCGGCAACGAAGAUCAGGAACAAUAUUUAUCACCGGAUGGAUGAGAUCCCUGCGGAGCCACCCCUCGGCCAGAACUCUGAGACACAGAUCCGUCGGAUCAUCUACGCUGAUGAACACGACAGUGAUUCUGCUACCAGAUGCGCAAUUGAUGAAGGAGCCAACGGACUCAAGGCUGGGGCCCGGCACACAGAUAGCCCUACAUUCUUUCUACCGCUGGGCAGGCUGGGUGUCGCUCGCAAGGCGGGUGGCGAGGAAGUCAUUGCCACGCCGUACAUCGUCGUGAUGGGAGUCGAGUCUGCUUACAAGCCCCUCUGGAUAUUCAAGGACAACUACACCCCAGUCGGACUACCCAGCGACAAGAAAUCGCUGCUAGGCUUUGGGAGCCACUACAAUUUCACCAUCGCCAAGCUGGUUGACAACAUCAAAGAAUGGCAACCACUUCCCGCUCGCGGCUGCCGGGCCCUCAAGGGCAAUGAGCUCCCGACUUUGAGAUGGGGGAAGGUGAGAGAUCUCAUCCGCAGGACAAGCCAGCACAGACCAGUGAUUUUCGACGUGGUCGAGAACAAACAGCAGGCGAAGGCAGCCAUCGAAAAGGGCUGGGACAGAUCAACACAGUCGUCAGAGAGUGCAAGUGACAGCAGCUUUGUGGUUGGCCAUGACAGCCGAGGCGACAGAGACUCGGAUUACGGCGAUUCUGCCGCGACACGGCCCAAGGAGAGCCGCAGACGCAGAUGGAGAGCCACGUCCUCCGAGGACAGCCCUUCUAUGAGCGACUACAUCAGUGACGAGUCCGAGGAAAGUGUCGUCGUGGACCCGCCCAGAAAACGGACGAGGGCAGCGAAGCGUGGAAGAUGGUCGUCGUGA